AUGGAGAAGGAAUAUCAUGCUGAGGUUGAGGCAGUGAAGAAGGAGCUCAGAGAAUUAAAGGAAGACAUGGACAACCUUAAAGUUGUCAAUACUCUUUCUAAGGCUUUCGCUAAGUUGGCAAGAAAAUUAUUGGAUCUUCUCAAGAUUGAAAAACUAGAGCCAGAACCAGGCUUGAAAUGGUGGGAGAUUGUGUUACAAAAGUAUUUUCCGAGCAAUAUGGAUGUAGCUUUUGAAAUUUCUAAAUCCGACCUCAAAGACGUUUGGGAGAAUUUUUCCAAGAGGACCAGAAGAAUCGAGGUUGCUCAUUCCACAAGCAAUGAAGUAACUUUAUGCGACUAG